AUGCUGCAGCUUCUGAAUAUUUACCCAGAUAUAGACGUCAAAAAAAGUGCUCUUACUGUUGCUAAGAGACACCUGUGGUAUCUGUCAGAAAGAAACGUAGGAUUAGCUUUUUUGGAUGAACGUAUUAGUCAGAUUGAAAAGACAAAUAUGACUAAACAUUUAGAACCCCAACUUCCGAAUGAAACGAUUAGAUGUGAUUCUCUAAUAAGUCAAGUGGACGCUCUUAAGGUAGUGAAUGAUACCGCAGAAAGAGGAAUUGCUGUAAUAAAGAAAUUUAACGAAUGGGUCAGAGAUGAAAAACAAAAACAAUUUUUGCUGAGGGUAAUAGAGCAUCAUAGAAAAGUUAUCACCAAGCGAACUAAACAAAGGAUUACAUCGUUUAAAGUUGAAUAA